GAUUUCGAUCGAAACUUAAGUUUUUAAAUCUUUUUAAAUCAAUAAACAGUGCUUUAUUUCGCGAUAUGUCGAUGUGAUUUUAUUAUUCGAGUCUUUAAUAUUAUCAAGUGAAUGAAAUUGAUUGUGUAGAAACGACGAAUUGCUGACAAAAUCUCGUUGGAAAUUGGAAAAAAAUUUCACUCCAUUGUCUCUUCUUCUCUUAAAAGAAAGAAUGGCUUCAAGGCAAAAUUCGUCGCAAAUGCUCAAUAACCAAUCAUCAUCAUCAAAUAGCACAAAUUCAACAAAUGCAAAAGAAAAGACGGGUCACGCCAAAUCGGAUACGAAAAAUAAACAUGAUAAGAACUCGUCAUCAACUCCUGGUCAUAUACCUAUGAGCACUAACUCAAUUAUCAAUUCUAUGAACAAUAUGUCUAAAAGAAAGGGAACUUCUUUUCAAAUUACUUCAGUUUCUGUAAGUUCCGGAAAUAAUCAACAACAACAACAACAGAACCAGCAACAACAACGUAAUAGUUCAGAAAAUAACAAUGGUGACGAUUCUGCUGAUGAUUUAGAUGAAUCACAUACUGAUGAUAACAUAAGUCGAAUUACAGAUUAUGAGACACCGAGCUUUUCUGAAGACACUUUUUCAAGGGAAGAUGUUUUCUUUACCCAACCAAAUGCAUUUGGUACAGCGCCUGUGAUUCCAACAAGCUCACAAUAUGGACUAGCAAUUGUAGGACCGGAUUUAGGUGGAAAUGGAUCGAAUUUGACAGAUGUUCAUGUCAGUGUUACAGAUGCUGGAAUUAACAUAAUGGGACAAAUUCCUAAUAAACAAGACGUAGAUCAUAAAAAUGAACGGUUCAAAGUAGUCAAAAUUGAAAGUACGGAGCCUUUUAAGAGAGGACGAUGGAUGUUGGCUUCAAUUCCUACUCAUAAUGAGCAUCAAACAGUGGUGCAAAAUCAGGCACAAACAAUGCCUCGAUCACAACUUGAGCAGCUCAUCACACAGGAAAAUUCCAUUACGCAGCAGAGUUCAUUAUCGAACGCUAUCAAUGUCAAUGAUUCACCACCAAAUCACACCGAGAAUACUUCUUCUUCUUCUUCUUCAGAUACAUUACCAAGGCAAGCAUCACAUAUAAACCAAGCAAAUGUUGGUAGCAGCAUUCAGGCAAAUCAAUUGACGACAGACAACAACUCAUUUGCUAUGAAUCAUCCACAUCAUGCACAUUCAAUGACGCCUGACAUGAUACAACGAAGUUUACAUCAAGAGACUCAACAACAGCAAAUUCAACAGCAAGGAGUGACAUUACCAACAAAUAUUCUUAUGCAAAAUUUGGGAAUUGAUCAACAGCAGCAACCACAAUCACAACAACAACAACCAGAACAGCAAUCUCAAUCUAUAAACGCUUCUUCCAAUAUUAAUAACAACUUACCACCAACAUUAGUGUCUCCGAUGUCAUCUAAAACUGAUAAUAAUAAUUUAGUGGAUCAACAGCAACAACAGUCACAACAAGAUUUAACAAUGACAAGCCAUGUUGCAAGUGAACUAAGCAGUAAUUCAAAUAAUACAACAGCAAUUGGUGAUGACGGACAAUCAUUGAACGAGGAUAGUGAAAGAAAUAUUACAAUGACAUUAAAUGUCAAAUAUAAUAAGAAUGCGAAACGAACGGCUUACUUGCCAUAUCAAAAAGUUAAAAUUGCAUCUUCGGGAGAGUCAAAGAGAAAGUUGGAUGAAGUUUCGGAAAGUAAUUAUAGCAAUAGAAGUUUAAAUGGAAUGAAAUCGUCAAUGAAAUUUUUUGAAAAUGUGCCGCGUGAUAUUUUUACCAACUUAUUGAAGACAGAUUUCCUUAACUUAGAUGAAAAACAAUUGGAAUCCGAAAUGAAUACUGAAAAAUCAAAUUUAAUGUUAUUUGACCAAUUUAGUAAGUCAACAACGUCAGCUGCUGUUAAAUCUCACACAGAAUCGUCAUCAUCAGGCUUAAGUGUUGCCGGUUUAAGCAUAAAUCUGUCUUCUUUGGGUCCUUUAUACUCAACUAUUAGGAGUCGUAACAAAGAAAGCAAUUCUAGUAAUCGAGUCAGCCGAGCUGCUUCUCCUGCCCCUGGGAAUUCAGCUGAUACUUUUAAAAUGAACGCAACUGCAUUAAAUUGCUGUAGCAAUAAUUAUUUAACUAAAAUCGUUCACACAAAUGAAAGCGGCCUAACUGAAAGUGCAAAUCGUAAGGAUGAAAUGCCAUCUGCAUUGCCAAUGAUUAAACCAGAAUUUUUUCUGAAUGAUCGUUCAUUAGUUGCUGUUUAUUGCUUCAUCAAAAACUUCAUCGGUAUGAAAACAGACAUGAUGGCCGUUCAUCAAAUUCAUUCAGUUGGUGGAAAAAAAGAUAUUCUAAGAGAUGUUGUUAUAAAAUACAUUGAUCAUUUCUAUCCUGAUGCGUCUGGUACAAGUGCAGUAGCAAUCGAUAACAAAAUUGAACAAGCUAUGGAUCUUGUCAAGUCACAUUUAAUGUUUGCCGUCCGAGAAGAAGUAGAAGUUUUAAAAGAGAAAAUUGCAGAGCUUAUGGAUCGUAUAAAUCAAUUAGAAGUGGAGAACACGAUAUUGAAGGCCAAUGCAAGUCAAGAAACACUUUCACAACUCUCAACAGCAGCAACGACUGCUUCAACUCAAUCAACGAUUCAAACAUCACCAGCACAACCACAAAGCUCUCCUGCACUUAGCAAAAUAAACAUUGACGUCUCAGUUCUACAAGCUGCAAAUGCUGCUGCUGCUGCAAGUCCAUCAAGUCAAACUUCACAGCAGCCCUCAACCACCCCACCAACACAAAAUCCAACGGCCACUUCCUAGAUAGAUAAACUAUUGGGACUGCUAAGCAAGUUUUAAGAAUUCCUUCAUUUUUUCCUUUUUUAUCAAACAACGGGACGUUGGUCGUUCUUAUUAAAGGAAAAAUGGGUUGAAGGAAUAUAAAAAAAUCAAAAAAUUAUUUAAUUAUGUCAACUUAAAGCUGUUGAUUCGCAGAAGCUUCAAACAACAUAUGUCAUUGUCUUAUGUAACGAUUGUGACAUUCGACUUAAAUAUGAAACUUUUGAGAGGAAAAGAAGAUUAUAUUGUGAUUUGUAUCUUCAUAACUAAAACUUGACAUGAUAAAAAAGAAAAGGAAGAAGAAGUAGAAGCUAAUAUUAGAUGUUAAAAAAUGCUUAAAGCUCUGUGAUGAGACUGGAGUUGAAGAUGAAGAUGUUGACUAAUUAUGAACUUUGAAGAAAGACGGAAAAGUAAAAACAAAAAAGAAAAAGUUUUUGUUAAGAUGAUCGCUUGCUGAUAUUUUUCUAAGCUUAUUAAUGACUAACAAGAUAUUUGCAUCAAACUUUUGUGAACAGCAAGAGAAACAUAAGUCAAUGCAGAAUUUAAUUAUCUGAAAGAAUAAAAAAGAGAGAAAUCUUCACGGGGAUGUGAUUGAUUAGCUGGCUUUUAAUUCACUAAAUGAUGCUUUUAGAUUUUAUUUUCUUCAUCUAAACUUCCUCAAAAAGCAAGCAUAAACCGUAAAUGCAAACAUCACUUUAUUACUGUAAAGAAAAUUAACUUUAAGAAUCUUGCUGAGCUAAAGAAAUUCAAAAGAAAAACAGCAUGAAAAAUCAGAUCAAUCUGGAUUUUGAUUAAUCUCUCGUUGAAGACUUCUAAAGUCAAAAACAUAAAAGAUUACUCUUAUUUUUAAGUGAAAAGCUUCAAACAAGUAUUAGUCUUGAAAACAAAUAUUAAAAGAGAAUAUAAAAUUGUACAUAUAUGUUUAAAUUAUGUUGAAGAUGAAUGUUCAAUGAAAAUGAGUGUAAAUAAUAACGAAAAAUUAAGGAAGUUUCUUUUGUAAAAUGAAAAGUUUCCUGAUGAUGAUAAUGAUGAUCAAAAACUAUGAUUUUCAUGACUCAUUUUAAAUGAUAAAUUAAUUAUCUAUUUACUUGACAUUAAAACCUAACAAUUAUCAGUUUUAGGCUGAAGACAUUGCAACAUAACGAUGUCGUUCCUAAAUAUUUAUGAUCAGAAAGAUUUUUAUUUUUAUUUCCAAAGAAUAUUUCAUAUUUCGUGAUCAUAAUCAUCAUCGUGUUGAUGCACUUUCAAGCUUAUAUGCUUGUAUAAUAUUUUUUAUCUAUCUCAUGAUGAAAUUAUUCCCUUUUUUAAAUUAAAUAAACUGAUUAGUUGAAUUAUUAUUUUUAUUCUUUUUUUAUUGAUUAUUUAUUUCAGAAUUUUUCUUCUUUUUAUAUUUAAAGUUUAAUUUAAGUUGCAGCGUCAUGCUGUUUAUUUUUCCAAUGCAACAUUUUAAUGAUCUUAUGUGACACGUGUGGUUAGUUGCAUUCAUAUGAUAAGACCUCGCAACUUGACCUUAAAGCAUUGAAUAAGCAACAUGUAAGGUUAUGACACGCCAAGUGUUGUCCCUUAAGUUACUCACGACAAUGCACUGUCGUCGCAAUAUUUUCAACUUUCAAUUUAAUAUCAACUGCAUUUUCAUUUUCUUUACUCUCACUAUUAUUUUGUAUUAUACCUACUUAAUUAAGAUCAAAAAUUUAAUAAAACCCAUUAAAAGUUGGCUGUGCUGUGCAAACAAACAAGAUGAUUUGAUGAGAUAAGGAAUGGGUAAAACUUCUAUAAUUUGAUGAAAUCAAACUUAAAUUAGAAAUAAAAAAUUGAAAACACAAAAAAA